UUGGAUCCCGGAUAUUAUCGUUUUGAGCUUUGGGGCAGUAGUGGCGGAUAUUAUUCAAGUUCAUCCAAUCCUGUAAACGGAUCCUACGUUUCAGGCGAUAUUAUAUUAGAUGAAGUGAAAAAAUUCUAUAUAUAUGUUGGCCAUGAAGGGAUGCCACAUUGCAAUACAUAUGUUUAUGGAGGAGGUGGUUAUGGUGACUUAGGUGGUGGAGGUGCCAGCGAUAUUAGACUCAUAGGAGGUGAGUAUGGUAACUUUUCUUCAUUAAAAAGUCGUAUAAUCGUUGCAGGGGCUGGUGCUGGGAGCGAUACUGCUGGGAUUGGAGGUCCUGGUGGUGGCCUGAUAGGCAUGAAUGCAUCAAAUAACAAGUCUACUGGCGGUACUCAGACACAAGGAGGGUAUGGAAUUGUCAAAGGCACUUUUGGUUUUGGUGGCGGUUUUCAUGCAGAAAGAGAUGGGAGUGGAUCUGGCGGUGGGGGCUAUUUUGGCGGCGGCUCAUCAAUUGCAUAUAGGAAUGAAGGUGGAGGUGGUGGAAGUAGCUAUAUUAGCGGUCAUCCUGGUUGUAUUUCCGUCCUAGAAAAUUCUACAUCUCAAAAUGAAAUUUAUUUUAGCCAGGAAAAUAAUCCAUCAAUUCAUUAUUCAGGAAUAAGGUUUGUAAAAACACUGAUGAUUGAUGGUAGUAGCGAAAUGAUGUCUCCUUACAACAAGAUGGAAUCGCAUGGACAUUUUGGGAACGGAUUCAUCAAAAUUACAAGAUUUUCAUGCAAUGCUGUUUCAUGCAAUUGCCUAUUUAGAAAUUAUUAUCAGUUUAAUAUUAUUUUGAUUUCUGUAUUCAUUUUAAUGUAA